UAAUGAAUUCUCCUAGAGCAGAAACUCUGGAUUUAGAAUUAAGUGACACUAUCAAUAAGAUCUAUAAUGGUUGUUAGAAGAUCAAUGAUAAACAUCUGAAAAUAAGGAUAUUGUAAUGGUUAGAUAAAGUGAGAACACCAACACACAAUUUUAUUUGGAAAUAGAAUUCUUUAUUUUAUGCUCGUGUUUUAUUAGAAAUGACUUUAGAAAAAUAAUUAGAUAAACCUUUUAGAGGUGUACCUCCAGAUGGUCCAUUACCUAGAUUAGAUAAAUUUGAUGUUGUAAAUGAUUUUUGAUUUAAUUAUAAGCCUCAAUAAGUUUGGUAGAAACUCAAAUAGUUUUAGUAACCUUAAUCUCCUAGAAAACCAUUGGGAAUGAUUUUAAAUAGAAAUAUGACUCCAAAAUUAAAGACUGAACCUUGUUCAUACAAAUGCAAUAAAUUUCAUAAUAGUCAGAAAUCUCAAAAAUGGGAUUAAAUCAAAGAGACUUUAGAAGGAGCUAAUAAAAAUAUGCAAGAAUUUAAAGAAUUUUUAGAAAAUUUAUAAACUUAAAAACUAUCUCUUUGA